CAAAGUCAAGUCGAGAGCUUUUCAAAUAGUUUUUGCAUUAUCGUUAUGAUUAGGAAAGGGUACUUUAACCGUACGUUUAUUUGUUCAACAUGAAUAAAAUCCGUAACGGCAGUUUUUUAUGCUAGUGAAAACAUUUUAUAAUUAAAGUUUUCGCAAAGGGCGGCAUAAUAAUUCUUCAGUUUGUCAUAAAUAUAAAUUUCCAAAUAUUUAGCAUAGUAAGUUUGAAUUUCACAUAAAACAUUCCCGUUCGGCCACCACUUAAACGUGUUUCAUAACAUUCUUGUCGUUGAAGUAAAAAUAACAGGAAUACAACGGAGUAUACUUUCGUAUCCCUUCAUAAUUUUUGUAGUUUGUAAAUUGGUUCCAAAUCUGUUUGUUCCGCUCCUGUAGAGGAACAGAGUGGUAACAACGAAAGAACGAAUUCCAUGAUACCAAAAUGUGUCAGUAAAAAGUCUGUAAAAUUUCCUGGGGAAUGUAAUCUUGUUACGUGUGUGAUAGAUCCAGUUGAUCCUUGGUUAAACAGACAGUGCUUAUCACCUGCUGAGUUAAUCAGUGUUUAUAAAUUUCAAUGUAAUCUCUCUUCGAUCCAACCUUUGUAUAGUGUCAUUUCACAGUUACAAUCUAUAGAUUUGAGGCAGUCUCUAGAACGGAAACACGUUUUUAAUCUUAAGGGUUGUCAACUUAAUGGUGGACAUAUUGAUAUGCUGGAAUAUGUUUUCAAAUACGUCCAAUUUCAAUACGUAAAUUUGGAAAACACCAAUCUUGAUGACGAGUCUGUUGAAUCAUUAUAUGAAAUUUUGAGUUAUUAUGAAACAUGUACAGGAUUGUGUUUGGCUCGAAACCCUAAUGUUACGUCUACCGGCUGGAUCCCUGUCGCUUUUCUAUUUCGAGAAGUAAGUGAACAUGUUGUAAUGUCGAUUACUAUGUUAAGACCAUAUAACUUGUUCUGGCUUCUGGAGAGACUAAUAUAUCUAUUCUUCUUAAGUCACGCUUUGACCUUGUUAAUUAUUCACUUAUCAACCCUAACUUUUUAUAUGAGCGGAUAUGUGUGUACACUUCAUAUUAUAUUCGUAACAUGUCUGUAACUUAUUUUGAUUUGGCUAUAAACUCCUGAUUAAAUGAAGUUGACUCACACGCCAUCUCUAAUGAAUGUCAUUUCGCUUCGCUCUCUUCUCUUAACUUCAUUCCUCUGAUCGUCUGUUCAAAUCAAUCAAUGUAAAAAAACAUACGCACUCAAAAAUCCAUUCUCGUAUUGCACUCAUUUAAUUCCGUUAUUCACUAAUGCGAUUUAGGUCGAUAAUUGUAUACGAGGAUGGACGAUAUGUAUAUUUCAAUAGCGAUCACCAUGCAAUCUAAUUGAUGUCAGAUAUCGGGACAUUAAAAUGGGUUUUGUCAGGCAGUUCAUCAUUCCAUUUAACAAAAGACUACUACUAAAUCCCCCAGUCAUUAUUUCUUAAUCCUGUUAAAAAAUAUAACAUUCUGUUUAUUAUUAUUCCCUAUUUACUAAUUUGUUGUUACAUUAAAUCGAUGACGAAAUCUAAAAAUUGGUUGUCAGUAGAUUUAAUAUUGAUCAACAAGUGUUUCAUGAAUGUUUAUAUCUUAAAAUUUGGCGGUUUCUUGAUGAACAAAAAGUUAGAGGUGCCGUAUAUGGAAUGGCUUGAUUUAAGAGAAAACAACUUGGGUUUAACUUUUGUACAAAUAUUAUCAUCAUCUCUUCGUAUACCACGAAAAGACUUUAAACCAAAAGAGUUUAAAAAAGAAAGUUUUGAUAAAAAUUGUAAUCGUCUCUCCGAGAAAUUAUCUGAUAAGGAUACUUUCAAAACUUCUAAGAAUGUAUCGAUUACAGAAUCAAAUUUAAGCUCAUCAAAAACACUGCCUUUUCAUUCACGUGGGUUACAUUUUGGUAGUACAGGUAUUAAUGGGCAAUUAUUACAUAUACUAAUUCCGGGAAUUCGUUUGGGUUGUAUUACUGAUCUUCGAUUACCCGAUAAUGGAAUUACUGGAUCUGAUGCUAAAUUUUUAGUGCCACUGUUACGUUAUAGUUCUCAUCUGAAAUAUCUAGAUCUGAGUAGAAAUCUACUUGGGACUCUGUGUGUUCUUUCGUCCAAAGAGUCUGGCUACAUCCAAGCUGUCUAUUGUAUCCCAUGCUUCUUCUAAGAUUUGGAGGUCUUCAUAAUUCAUUCAACUACCAGAAGAGAGAGGAAUUGAGGGAUUGAGCAGCCUUUUCUGACGCCGGUCCUUACUGGACGCAUCCAACUGACAUAAGGUUGAUCACAAACAAAGGACUUAAAAACUAUUUUAAAUACUUUUGAAACAGUAAUAUGGUAUAGAAAACCAUAGCUUUGAAACUAUAUGAGGCAAUAUUCAAGAUUGUACGAUUGCAUUAUCGUGAAUAUGGAAUUCGGCACUUGCAUAGAAUUGCACUACAUAAACAGUUCUAUUUAGCUUUACUUGCAGUCGAAUAAAUGAGACUUGGGUUGUUCAACUAUAUCACAGGCACUAGCUUCACCUUGUUUUUCAUCCGAAAUACUCAAUUCAGAUGAAAAUCAACGCGGUUUAAUCCGACUGUUUUUAUCAGAAAAUAUGAUAACCAGAUCAAGUAUGAAUAAAUUGGCAACUGGAUUAAUACGCUGCACACGUUUAACAACGUUACAAUUAUCUGGCAAUUUAAAUAUUGGCUCUUCCGGUUUAUUUGAUUUAAAGUCAAGUCUUAUCAGUUGUCCAUGUUUAAAGCGUUUGGGUAUUGCAUUUUGUGGUAUUGAUCAUGAUGGUGCAGCAUGCAUUACAGAGAUAUUAUUAAAAACAACAUCUCGUUUCAAAAUAAUAGAUCUGACAGGAAAUCCUAUUGGCAUAGAAAAUUGUUUAGCAUUAUUAAACUCUUCAGCUUAUUUAGAUGAAAAAGUUAGAAUAAUAGGUUUAGGUAAGUUUGAUCUUAUUUAAAUCAUAUAUCAAAAUCUAUAUGAACGUGUACAUAAAUACUUAUGUUUAAGUGUGUUUUAGAAUUUCAACCAUCAUCGUUAAUGCAAUAUGCAAGACAGUUAUCGGAAAAAGAAAAUAAUAGUCUUUUGCAUCAGAGUAAUGUAAGUAGUAUAUUUGAUUUAUUUUCUUGGUCCUUUAGGUUUCUCCUAUAUUUGUGAAAAUUUACUGUGUUAUUAUUACUUUAGGUAGAUAUUUGACCAUGUUUAGAGUAUGUAAUAAACAAUUUAUUUGUCGUCAGACGAGUUUUCAUGUUCCUAAUACAAAUGAAGCACUUUGACCUAAAGUUCUAUAUCUUCAUGGACUAAAAUGAGUGGAGUACUCAGUGUCAACAUCUAGUCUUCAUCAGAUUUCACUGACCACUUUCGACAUGAACUAGAAUUAACUCAUUUUCCCAUUUUAUAAUUAGAUUUCAAACUGAGCAUAUCGGUUAAUGUUGGUUCUCUUGGCAAGUAACAGAAAAAUUGCUUUGCAGUAACUGAAAUAAAAAUCACUCCUGAACUAAUAUUGCUACUAUGUACAAAGCAAAACAGAAUAGGGCUAACGCCUCUAAAUAUAUCAACUCUGAAUUGUUCAUCGGAGUGUUAAAGGUUACCGAUUGAUCCCCUCUUCAUGACCAUUUAAUAAAUAAAUAUUUUUAAACAAGAUCAUGAACCGGUCAGUGCUAGGCUGUCGUUCGAAAUCCGGGGGCACUCAACGGCCGUUCGUCCUAGUAUGGGACUCCUCAUUAGUGGGCACCCACGAUCUCUUGCACGGGACCCGAACCCAUGACUUGUGGUCUCGCGCGUAAACGUUUAACCUUUGGGCUUUGAGCCGGUAUCCGACGGUAUUACUGUCUAACGUCAGCCGAUCCACGAUAUUAAGCAACCAUCCUACCUUGUCUUCGGUAAGUAGCUGCCUCUUACCCGUCACGAAUCAGCUUGACUUAACACGGCCUCUUACUAGAAUUCCGAGAAUUGCAUGUCAAAGUCAGUCACUAGCGGGCGCAUGAUAAUUAUCAGUAAAGAGUUGUUGAGAUGUGGAUGCCCACUGCUGAGGAGUCCCGUACUAGGACGAAACAGUCUUCCUGUGCCCCCAGGUUUUCAAUGAUGGUUUAACAUUGGUCGGUACAUGAUCUCAAAGCUCACCACAACCCUAUGCUGAAAAUAAAUAUUUUAUAAAUAACCGUCUUAUUCAUCUAAAGUCAGUAAAUGGGAUCUCGUAUGGAGUUUUGUGAACUAACAUAAUGAAACUACUUUUCAGCAACCAGAUUGUAUGCCAAGUCGGGAAUUCUUUAGUUUUUAGUUUAAUAUAUGCCAACAUUAUGGUCUUCCAGGUAUCAGUGUUAAGAGCUACAGUUGAUCAAUCUCAGUUGAUAUAUAGCACCUAAAGCGGAUUACUUCGGUAUUCCAUUUCAGUUACAAGUUUCAGCGACUCUGGUUUAUUACUUAAUGUUAAAAGCCACAAGAAAAUGUAAUUACAUCCUAGGAACGAGCUCGAAUGAGGAUGAAAAUGAUGUUCUGAACUUUACUGCUAGUUGCACACAUUACUCAAAUUUCUCUAUUUUAAUAUAACGAUGACCCUCAGAACCUCGGAAUAAUUUUUUCAUCAAUAGUAUAAAUAUAUCUCAAAGGACGUUAAACUUCACUCUGGAAUAUUUUUUCUAAACUAUCUACUCAUUUUCUUCACGACCAGUACUGAAAAUAUAAGAUCAUUGCUAAUGACAGAUAUUUAAAUAUAGCACAUCAAUAAUUACCAUAAUAAGUUAACAUUUAAAAUAUUUGCAGUAAUUCAUCCGUAGUAACCACUGCUAUAAGUAACCCGUUUGAUAACUUUAGAGUUAUUAUACUUGUUUUUAUCCGUACUUUAUUCGUAGUACUUUGUAAUUCUACUUGCUGACAACAAGCGUUUACUAAAGAAAUAUUCAAAACUAAAAUUGCAAGAUCAACACGUGAUAUCCUGAAGUAAUGAGGCGUAGCAAAGAACAAAUUAUUCAACUAUAAUUGGAAUAUUACUUUUGAUAUCCAGAGAUUGAAACUGUUAUUGAAUAGUUCUAGUUUAUAAUGAUGAAGGUUAUGUACAACUUGGUUUUCUAGUUUUUACUCCUUGAUGAAUGGUUCUGUCAACGUAAACCUAUAUUCACCUGACGAUGCACAAUUCGACAUCCAGAAAAUUAGGCCGCUAUUUUGGUGAUUUCGUAGUUUCUCAGAAGUUUAUAUAUUAAAAUCGCUUUUACUUAGAAAAUUGUAUGACAGUGCCUACGGUAACGGUAAAAAUGGUCCCAAUUGAUCUUCUAUGUGUUCAGUAGCACAAUCAGUUUUACUCUGUAAACGAAUCUUUAACUUACACUGGUUUCCUAAAUUCUAUGAAAAGUAAAUUGCUACAUACUACUCAUAAGUUGGGAAUCAUGUAUGGUUUCCAAUUCAUUUGAAUAUCUAAAACUGAACUAGUUCAAUUCAACUCUAAGUUUGAUCAGUUAUUAUUCAAGUAUUUUUCCGUUUUAGUCCGGUCAUACAAGCUAUAAAUCAUUUGCACUACGUAUAUUUAAUGUAGAUUUUGGUUUAAUUGAUUAAUUAAUUAAUCUCUUAGAGCUGAAUUUAGAAAUCGAUAUAUCCAUUAAUGGAAUUACUUUUUAUGUUCUGUAAACAGAGUAUUUUCUUUACAUAAUGGUUUUUUUGACUGUUUUUUAUUCUGAUGUCAGAAUAAUUCACAGGUUCAAAGUGAUGGACUGACUCCAGAUCGAGAUUAUCAACGGCUUAAACAUAAGAAUCGGAGACAUUCUCAGAUUAGUUCAUCGAAACAUUCAAUUUAUAGAAAAACUAAAUUCACUUCCUUACCUACAAUUGACUACAAUCAUAAACCAUAUUCAGAACUUAAUCCAAAAUAUUUGUGGGGUGACAGUUCAGAUGAUGAAGAUAAAGUGAAUGAGACUGAUGAUAACAAUGAAUCUGUAAUUACAAAAACAAAUAGAAAUUACCUUUCAGAACAAAACUACAGACAAACUAGCAAAAACGAAUGGACAAAACAUCAUUCUAUUAGCUGAACUGUAUACAUAUUUUCAUGAGAUUCAAAUAUUUCAUAGAAAAAUUCUUCCCGCUGUUUUCAGUCUUAACUUGAUUGUUAGAUUUAUACAAAUGUAUCAAAUAACCUUGAAUAGUGUAAAUUACACAGCUUUUACUGUGUACUUACAUCACUCAUGUAAAGUCGUCAGAUUUCUGUCAACAAUCUUUUCUAAUGAAUAUAUGUAUUUUUCUACAACUACAUUUCCUUAGAUGUACUAUGAAUCUUCCAAAUUUCAAUGUUUAACUAAAGAUUAUCAUAGCAAGGUAAAAUAUGAACUACACAUUGAGUAGAAAAAUUAAACUUUUCACUGAAAAGAUUUUCAUUUACAAAAUUCCUCAUGUUUCUACCAGGAUUUGAAGUGGAUAUGCAUGUCUAUGAUAAUUGGAAGUAUUUGAAUUAUAGUUUGAACUAAGAAUCCCAUAAAUAACGCAGUCAAGAAGUACUAGAUGAGCACAAACGAAUGUACUGUAUUUAGAAUUCGAUAUCAAGCAUUGAACAAGUACAAAGGAAUCAUUAGUUCAAUCAAACACCUCAAUGUCAUCGGUGAUGGAAUAUACAAUAUAUAAGUACUAUCAACCAGUAUCAGAUACAAUAAAUUUAAUCGUACUGGUAAUUUAUCUAUGCUGUUUGAAAACAAAUAUCGUUUUCACUCAGUUACCCUUGAAGUAUUUUAAAUAGCCGUAACCAACAAAGUGGUGUUAUAAUGUUUUAGAUUGAAAAAAAUUAAGGUUUACACGACUAGUCGAUGACUGAAAUGGUUUGCAGCAUUUUAGAUACCUAAUGAAUGCAGAUAACAAUAGAAUGUAAUAAAUAAUAGUUAGCUUUCAUCUUCCACAUUAUUCCUCCACCAAUUCCAAUGACGGUUUUCUUAAGCAUUUCUAAUAACGUCUAUUUUGAGAGGUGUUUUUCACUUGGAAAAUUUGUGCAAAUCAAUCUGUAUUCAUCAUAGGUCAGAAUUUUUUAAUAAAACUAUGUACAAGCUAUUUACAAGAGAAAUGUACACUCAGACAAUUAUGCACUAACAAUUAUGACGUAAUGUUAGCACAGAUCAAAUGAUUUCUGCUUAUUGUACUGUAGAAUGUACCCAUCAAACUGUUGGAUCUAACAGAAUGCAAAAUAUUUUGCCAUUAUCUUCUAUUUCCGAUUAUUUAGAAAUAUGCAAAAUCUACAAAAAAAAUGUUGCAAACAUAAUAAAUUAUCUGAAAUAAUUGAGAGUACAACAAAUUACAUAUUUGAGUAAGAACACACAUAAUCUCUUUAGUGCAUAUGCGAAUUGAUUUGCCUACGGUUUUUUAAAAUCUCGGAAGACUGGUUACAAACCUAACACGUCAUAAAAUAGGUCUUUUCAAAUGUGUCGAGACUUUCAGUAAGACCUCUAAACGCUUAGAAGAUAAUGUCUGUCCGAGAUAACUGUCACCUUCAGUGUCUUCGAAAAAACAUCAAGAAAUACAGUUGAUUUCGUGUUGAAAAUAUUCAACAAUUAAGAAGCUUUGUAGACGGAACAUUAAAGUCAAAUAACUUGUGUGAUAUUUGCAAUCAAAAUUUAACUAUGGUUAAGGCGUAUUUGCAUUUUAUUGUCAUUUACGUAAUCAAAUCCCACAUUACAAGACAAUUGAGUAUUGUAACUAUAUCAUUCAUAAGUGUUGUUUUUACUUGACAGUCAUGUGAAUGAAAGAUCAUCACCGCAUAUAUAUCAAUGAAGUAUUUACAACUUCAAAUCUUAAACUUUCAAACUAAUGAAUUAAUUUCACUUGGUGUUGUUUGCUUGUAUAUUUUGAUUGUUGUUUAGGACUGCAUUUGACCAGUCUGUUAUUGGCACAUAUGCAUCCUGUGCGGAUUGUCUCGAUGUUGCCUUAAGUCACAAGCUGUGCAUGCAAAGAUGGAUGGUGGCUAGAAGUGGAAUCCAAUUUGGGACUCGUCAGCUGGAUUCACCUGAAUCUUAAAGUUGAUAAUCACUACUGGAUUCGAGUUAAUGUAGUGAAAUGAUUAGUAAACUUAUAAUACCUCAUUAAAUUCAUUGGUUCUAAUUUAUUCAAAGAAAAUCAGCAUAGAGCUAUUUAAUUAAACUAAACUCAUCAUAUUGUGAUGAGGAUUCUAUAUUGUACCAAAAAUGUAAAAUUGAAUAAAUCCACUAAUUAUAAUAAUGAUAAUCUAAAAUUAUAAUUUGUUUACAAAGUUGUACGUGUUAGGAAUUCCGUAUGGAACGUAGAUUGUGUUUUACACAAAUUAACUAAGAUUUGUUAGAUUCACUAUUUCUAUUAUUUUAUUGUUAACAAUGGAAAAGUAAAACAAC